UAAAGGGCUAAUGUGCAAAGUUAACCUAAGUCAGGCACGUUUAAAGCCACACUUCUGGGGUCCUUAGCACACGGUUUUGUUUACCACCACGUCACCAGGAAGUGCAUCCCGGACUGUCAAAAUGCACGGACAGAACUCCCAAGACGCUCCUCUUUUUGGUGAGGAAGAUGAUAACAUUGGGCAAACAAAGUCUAAAAUCAGACACCCCCUGGCCUCAUUCUUUCAUCUUUUCUUCCGAAUAAGUGCCAUUUUGGUGUACUUACUGUGCGAUAUCUUCAGUGGUCGUUUCAUUGCCUGUAUGGUCACCAUCAUUCUCCUGCUGUCAUGUGACUUCUGGACUGUCAAGAAUGUAUCUGGCAGACUGUUAGUGGGUCUUCGGUGGUGGAAUCAGGUGGAUGAAAAGGGAAACAGCCACUGGGUAUUUGAGUCAAGGAAGACCCCCGGUACAAAACCUGUGUCCAGCGCAGAGUCACGCAUCUUCUGGCUCGGACUCAUCGUGUGCCCCAUCUUCUGGGUCAUUUUUGUGUUCAGCACCAUCUUCUCUUUCAAGCUUAAGUGGCUGGCGAUAGUUAUCAUGGGCUUGGUUUUGCAGUGGGCCAACCUGUACGGUUAUGUCAGAUGUAAGGUGGGUGGGAAGUCGAACCUUGGAAACAUGGCUAAGAACUACAUCAGUGCCCAGAUUUUCAAACAGGCAAUGACAAAAACAGAGGGACCUUGAAGUUGGGGUAAAAAAUGUGAAAAACACAUUGUAUUUCAUGGAUUUCUGUUGGAAAUGACUCGUCUUUUUGAGGCGAAAUUUACAUUUCAAAUAUCAUCCAGAUUUUUGGUGAAACUGAAUUCUUAGUUUUCAUGGAAUUCUUAAAAAACUCAAUGUAGUUGCUUUUGAGGAUAAAUUACAAAAGUAUGAAAAUGAAUUGACUCUUGCUGGUAAGCUUACUGUGUUGCUAUUAAGGAUGUUACAGUCUUUGAUGAGCUCUAGCUUACCUUAAGCCAGGAGUUUUAGAGGUGAUGUUCACAUGUCUUACUUGUGGAGGGGUUUGGAUCAAGUCAGUGCCUUACAUUUAGUGUUGAUGUAAAAUACAAAAAAUAAAUAUGCACAUACUUAAGCUUCAGUUUGAAGAAAACUUUUUCAAUCUGCAGCCAUUGAAUGUAAAUGUACUGUAUACUGUUAUAAUAAGAAAAUGGGUCAUUAUUUGUAGGUAGAUAGAUUUGUCACUUAAAUAUGUGAGACCUGGUUUUGGUUCUUGGAACAUGGACCUUAAAGCUCUUGUGAGGUGUCUGUAUGUAGUUGGUUUCGAGGCAGACUGAAAUGAACACUGUUGCCUCUUUAUAAGCUCCAAAGGAAAAAAAGACAAGAAAAAGACGAUUUCUCUGUUGCAAUUUUUAAUGCCUUGCAGGAGGGGUUGAUGUCGGAUCAGACAAUUGACAGCUGAAGACAAGGCUUUUUUGCCUUUUCCACAGCAUUCAGACAUUCACAGUGGGUGAUACAUUACAUACAUCAGAGACAGGAGGAUGAGAAUUGUGUGUCAAAAAACACUACUCACGUAUGUGCAGGACAACAUCAGCAAAGAGACAAGAUGUAUCACUUUGCCCACUGGGGGGCGCCAAAAUCCACACAAAGUUCCUCACAGGAGCUUUAAGUUUUGAACUUCUUUCUAUAGGUUGCUAAAAUCUAAAUAUAUUACAAAAAUAUCUGGGUUAAAAUAUGAUUUGGUGUUAGACAGGUCAAAAUGCAGGUAAAUGAUGCAUCAGAUUUUUAAAAUCAAUUCUACUUUAUUGUCAUUUCAUUGUAUUCUAUGAAAAAUGAGACAAUAAACUAACAAUGUUUAUGA